UGUACUUGGAAAAUAUGGGAGUGCACGGAGUCUGACAAUAUUGUUAGAGUGAAUUUAAACAUUUAUCUAUAGCGCCAUGGUUGCUGUCAGGAUAGCUAGUUAUAUGAUAUUUUGCUAGUUAAGAAGGACCUAGCAAUUUGUUUCUGAAUGUUUGCUAUGAAAAGAACACCCUUUAACUUUAAAGCGAUUGCAUGGUUAUUGAAACAUCCAGUUGCUGGCAACCCACGCUGUGCUUUCAACCUAUGGAUUAAGAACAGUGUCCCCAACAGAAGAUACAAUAUGGCCUCCAUUGCAAGUGGCAAUCAGAAACCAAAUCAGAAGAGAUCUAAACCGCCGAAAGAGACCCUACGGCACGUAAAAAAUAGAGAGCAAAGAAAACAUGUGGACUUGCAUGGACCGUCAAAUGUCUAUGUUCAAGUCGUCGGAGCAGGUAGCCGUGAAAACGGACCGUCUAUCUAUGUGUUCUCCGAGUACAAUAGGUAUUUGUUCAACUGUGGAGAAGGAACACAGCGGCUGAUGCAAGAACACAAGUUGAAGGCAGCUCGUCUGGACAAUGUCUUCCUUACUAGAAUGAACUGGGCGAAUGUUGGGGGUUUAUGUGGGAUGAUCUUAACAUUGAAAGACACUGGAGUUCCAGAAUGUGUUCUCUCUGGACCACCGCAGCUGGAGAAAUUUGUAAAAGCAAUCCGUGUGUUUUCUGGGCCGUUGGAGGACAUCAAGCUAGCGGUCAGGCCUUACACCGAUCCCCAGUACUCUGACAACACCAUGACUGUGACUCAAGUGGCAAUUUUCGCCCAGCUGAAAGGAGACCGACUGAGGCGCUCCCCCAGUCCAGGACGAAGCAACCCUGACUGCAGUCCCAGCCACUCCCCCCGGAGGGAGCUCUGGAGGCCAAAGAACAUGGAUGGUGGGCCUGGCAGUGCUGGGCAGGAGAGGGUGGAGAGCCCAGGUGAGCACCCAAAACCAACCAGAGAUCCCUCUUUGGUCAUCGCCUUUGUCUGUAAGCUUCAUCCGAAAAAGGGGAAUUUCCAGGUGCUGAGAGCCAAAGAGCUGGGAUUACCCGUGGGCACGGCGGCCAUCGGGCCGAUUAUCGCUGCUCUGAAGGACGGGAAGAGCAUCAUGUUUGAAGGGAGAGAGAUCCAGCCUGAGGAGGUGUGCACACCCACUGACCCUGGACCAGUCUUCAUCGUGGUGGAGUGUCCCUCGGAGGAGUUUGUCCAACCGCUCUGCUCCAAUGAGGUCCUCAGCAGGCACCAGUCUGGUGGGACAGAGGAUUCUGCGGCAUUAGUGAUUCACAUGGUGCCGGAGUCGGUGUUGGAAACAGAUGGCUAUAAGAGCUGGAUGGAGAGAUUCCCAGCCAGCACUGAGCACCUGAUUCUAAAUGAACAGGUCCACACUGUUCACAACAUCAGGAGCCACAAGAUCCAAACCCAGCUCAAUCUCAUUCAUCCAGAAAUCUUCCCUGAGCUGAAGAGCUGCAAUACAAAGGUCAAACAGGCCACACUGCAUGUGCCCAACGUUAGGGCUGAGUGCCUACUCAAGUAUCAGCUCAGACCCAAACUUGAAUGGCAGAGAGAUGCUAUUCCCUCGUGCGAUGCCUCUGAGUUCAUCAAGGAGGCGUCUGAGCUCUCAGGCUUCCUGAAAGAGGUGGAGGAGUGUAAGCGCUUCCAGGUCACGGACUCCAUGGCUCUAUCAGGGACCGUGGAGAAGUAUCCUGAGGUGGUGUUUCUGGGCACUGGCUCUGCCCUCCCCAUGAAGACCCGGAAUGUAAGCGCUACCUUGCUAAACAUCAGCUCCACCCAGUCCUUACUGCUGGACUGUGGAGAGGGCACUUUUGGACAGCUGUGCCGUCACUAUGGCGAUGAUGUGGAUGAGGUCCUGAGCAAACUGUCAACAGUCUUCAUCUCCCACAUGCACGCAGACCACCACACGGGGCUGUUAAAUUUGCUACUGCAGAGGGAGAGGGCUUUGAGCACUCUGGGAAAGCCAUUCACCCCCAUCUACCUGGUGGCCCCCCUCCAGAUGAUGUCCUGGCUGAACCAGUACCAUGACCACUGCCAGGACAUCCUCAGCCACAUCAACAUAAUCCCAGCCCGAUCCCUGGUCGAGGGUGCAGAGGUGCAAAAAUUCAAAACCAAGGCAUUCAUCCAGGCACUGCUCAAAAAAUCAGACCUGGAAAAGUUCCAGACAUGUGCUGUGCGGCACUGCAAGAAUGCCUUUGCCUGCAGCAUCACGCACCAGUCUGGCUGGAAGCUGGUGUUCUCUGGGGACACCAUGCCCUGCGAAGCCCUUGUGAAUAUGGGGAAAAAUGCAACACUUCUUAUUCAUGAGGCAACGCUGGAGGACGGCUUAGAGGAGGAGGCGGUGGAGAAGAGGCACAGCACAACCUCUCAGGCCAUUGGCAUCGGGAUGAAGAUGAACUCUGAGUUCAUGGUGCUGAACCACUUCAGCCAGCGGUAUGCCAAGAUCCCGCUCUUUAACGCUGACUUCAGCGACAGGGUCGGGAUUGCCUUCGACCACAUGAGGAUCCGCCUGGGUGACUUCCAGGUCCUCCCGAAACUCAUGUCGCCCCUGAAGGCGCUGUUUGCGGCAGAGAUCGGCGAGAUGGAGGAGAGGCGCGGGAGGCGUGAGCUGAAGCAGAUGAAAGAGGCAGGCCUGGAGAUACUGCCCAGUGGGGAGCAUGGGGGCGGGGCCAACGGCCAGGCAGUGAGCAAGCGGGACAUAGAGGAUGACCCUGAGGAGGCGAGCAGAAAGAGAGUGAAGACCAACUGAGCGACAGCAGGGGUCACUCUCCAGAUUAACAAUUAGGACUGUGCUUCUAUCCAGAAAUCUAACAUAACCCUGUGAUUUAUUUGAACAAAAGAUUUAAGGGAAGUUCCAUUUGGGAUUUUUGAGCAUUUCCAUCCUGACUGCAGGAUGAUAGAUUUUGUUUGGCUGCUUUGCUUAUAGUUGCUGUGAAUAAAGCUUUUAAUUUAUCGA